AUGGCUGAUGGUGGUAUGUUACCGUCAUCAACCCGUUCAACCAAUUUUCGUUAUGGUAACAUUGAUCAAAAUCGUUUGAUGAGUCGACUUAUUUCACAUCCACUCAAGUCGAUUCAAGAUGAUAAAACUAAUACUCCGCAACCACCCGGUGGUGAUCAUUAUCGGGCCCAUUGGAAUAAACAGACACCUGCCGAACAUAAAUUUGAACCAUUACCAGUACUUAAACGAUAUCAAAAACACAAUGAUCCAAAAGAAAUUCAAGCACGUAACCGACAACAAUUAAUUCAAGCUAAUAAAUUGCGUGUAUCAUCUCCUGAAUCACCACUUGAGAAACGUGCGAAACUUUCCUUACCACCAAUUAAUGGUCGAACAUCAGAUAUGGGUAAAGGAAGUGAUGCUGGUUCCGAUUGGGGUUCAAGUGUAUCUGUUAAACGACGUCAACUUGAUCCACGAGAAAUGUUACAUGGUGAAACAGAUAUAGGUAAAGUAAUCAAUUACAUAAAACAAGCACCUGAUGGCUUCUUUCUAUAUUUGGCUCAUUCAUAUUCACGAAACGAUACACGACAUAGUUAUUAUAAUUUAAAAGUAGUUAGUUAUGAACAAUGUGGACGUGAAUAUUUUACUAUAUCCAAUUCAGGUGUUAGUUAUUAUCGUCCAGGAGAAGAAGUUGAAUUUACUCCAUUAGAAAACUUUGCUAAAGAAUAUUAUCGAUAUACUCGACUUGUUCAGAUAAAAGUCUUUACAACAUUCAGAAUGUGGAAAGCAUUUAUGGUUUGGUAUAAAAAUAUUCGUGUCAAGAAAGUAACUCAUUCAGCAAAAGCACUCAAUGAUAAUUUAUUUUUGUUACAAGAUGCAUUACGACCUGCUUUAUUAAAUAUUCGAGAAAUGUGCUUUCGUAUAAGUGAUAUGAGUCUUUGUAAAAUUGAAAAGAAACACACAUAUACAUUAAAUGAAUUUAGUGAUAGUCAAAAUCAAACAUUGAGUCAAGUUGCAGCACGUCUUCAAGAAUUUCGUGAUCUUGUUAAAGAUGUUGUUGCAAGUGCUUGUCGAACACGUUUAUUUGAAGCUGGUUUUGUACCAGAUGAUUUUCUUCAUCCAACUGAUUCAACACAUGAUAAUCUAACUGCUAAUGGUUUUGCAAUGCCAGAUAGUAUGGAUAUUGAUACAUUAGCACAACCACCUGAUAAAGCAACAUAUGCUGAACAAGCAAAUAAACGAUCACAUUGUCGUCGAUUAACAAAUUUUAUUCGUUUAUGUGAUUAUUUAAUUGUUAAUACAUUUCAUGUACUUGCUGUUAAUUCAGUACAAUCACUUAAAAAUCAUUUUCUUGAACAACUUGAAGCUACGCCAAGUAAAGAUGAAAUUAUUGGAUAUGUUGAAGAAAUCAAACAUAAAGUUGAUAAAACAACAGCAGCUGAAGGUACUGAAGAACCACCGGCUGAAAAUAAACAAGCACAACAACCAGCACCAGGACAUCCACCACCAAUACCUGCUAUUCGACCACCAGAAGAAGAUGAAGCAGCUAAACGUCAUAUACCAUUAUUUGUUACUGAAAUGAAAUUAUUUAUUGAAGCUAUUCAAUAUCAUCCAGAUUCUAUAACAUUUCAAAGUGGUAUUCAUCAUGUUAUUCAAAGUUUUCAAGAAACAUUACUUUCAAUUGAUAAUCUCAUACCUGAUACAACAUUUGAUAAUUUUACUCGACCAUAUAUCAAUGAAAAAUAUGAAGAAAAAAUAUGUGGUGAUGGACCUGAUCUUCGUAGCAUGUUUACAGCUGAUUAUCAUUUUCAAGAUUUAGUCAAAGAUUGUAGUGAUUCAUUAGAAGCUGGUUUUAAUGCAGCAAAAAUUUAUGCAGAUACAUUUGAUGAAUUUCAUCAAUUUUAUGUUGAAAAUGAAAAUACUGAUAUUGAAGCACUUAAAAAUGAACCUCAUGAUGUUGAAUUUUUUGCUACUUCAUUAGCAAAAUAUACUCGUGAAGAAAAAAUUGCACAAUUAAUCGAUGUUAAAAAACCUUUAGGUCUUUUAAUGAUUGAUAGUACACAUACAAAAACAAAAUUAGAACCAUCACCACGAAGACUAUUGGAUGUUAUUAAUGAAAUUUUACCGAAAAUUGCUAAAGCUAAAACAGAUUCAUUGAAAUCUGAAGCUCAAGAUGCAACAGUUAAAUUAGAAACAAAACCUGAAACAACAAUUGAUUUUGUUGAUUCAUUAACAUUUCUUGAUGAAAUUCAAGAACGUAUUGAUCCACUUGAACAAGAAGCUGAAAUUGUUCGUCAAAUGUACGAAUUAAUUGAACAAUAUAAUGUACCAUGUCCACCUGAAGAUAUUGUAUCAUACAGUUCAUUAACAACAACAUUAAAUGGUUGUCGUAAUGCUAUGGAUAAAGCAUUAACUGAACGUGAUGCUAAUGUAACAAGAUUUGUUAGUUUACUUGAUAAAGAUAUUGAAAUUUUAACACAAGAAGUUCGUCAAAUUAAACAAGAUUCACAAAAUCCUUUAUUACUUGAUCCAACAGCUGAUAAAGAUAAAGUUAAAUUAUUAUUAGAUGAUUAUAUUAAAAAAAUUGAAUUACAACAACGUCAAUCAACAGAAUAUCGUUUAUAUCAAAAGAAUUUUAAAGUUGAAGUAACGAAAUUUGAUGAAUUAGAAGAAGUUUAUGGUGAAUUAAAAUUAAAAGAAUUAUUAUGGAAUUCAUUAAAUGAAUGGGAUACUAUGUUAGAAGAAUUUCAAAAUAUUGAUUUUAAUAAAUUAGAUCAUGAACAAUUAAAUACAAUAGUUAAUAAAUAUGGAAAAUAUGUUUAUCAAUUAGAACGUGGUUUACCACCAAAUCAAUCAGUACCUAUAUUAAAAGAAAAAGUCGAAUCACUUCGAGCUAAAUUACCUACUAUAACAAAUCUUCGAAAUCCAAAUCUUCGUCGUCGUCAUUGGGAUGUUAUUGAAGAUUUAAUUAAAUUUCAUCCAUCAGCAGAAGAGCCAUUAACAUUAGGCAAAUUAAUUGAUAUUAAUGCAUUUCAACAUGAAGAACGACUUCAAGAAAUUUCUGGUCAAGCUAGUUCCGAAGCUAGUCUUGAAGGCAUUCUUAAACGAGUUGAAGAUUCUUGGAAAUCUGUUGAAUUUCCAGUUGUUCCAUAUAAAGAUUAUAAAGAUGUUUAUAUACUUGGUGGUACUGAUGAUAUAAUUCAAUUAUUAGAUGAUGCAAAUAUAAAUAUAGCAACAAUUGCAAGUUCACGUCAUGUUGGUCCAAUACGAUCACGUGUUGAAGAAUGGCAAUCAAAUCUUGAUUUAUUCAAUAAAACACUUGAUGCAUGGUCAAAAUGUCAAAAAACUUGGCAAUAUCUUGAAUCAAUAUUUGGUGCGCCAGAUAUUCAACGACAAUUACCAGCUGAAGCUAAAAUGUUUAAUCAAGUUGAUAAAACAUUUAAAGAUGUUAUGAGAAAAACAAAUAAAAUUCCAUUAGCUAUUAAAGCUGGAACACAACCUGGUUAUUUGGAAUUAUUUCAAACUAAUAAUGCAUUACUUGAUCAAAUACAACAUGCACUUGCUUCUUAUCUUGAAACCAAACGUUCAAAUUUUCCACGAUUUUACUUUUUAUCUGAUGAAGAAUUACUUGAAAUUCUUGCACAAACACGAAAUCCAUUAGCUGUUCAACCACAUUUACGUAAAUGUUUUGAAGGUAUUAAUCGUCUUGAAUUUGCAGCUAAAGGUGGUGAAGAUAUGGAAAUGACUGUUACAAUGGCACCAGAAAUUCGUGCUAUGUUUUCACCUGAAGGUGAACGUGUUGAAUUACUUAAAGUAAAAGCAACUGGAAAUGUUGAAGAUUGGCUUAAACAAGUUGAAAAAAAUAUGAUUACAGCUGUUCGAUCAUGUAUUAAAAAAGCUAAAGAUGAUUUUGAAAAAAGUAUUCGUGAAGAAUGGCUCGUUCGACAUCCACAUCAAAGUGUUCUUACUGUUUCUCAAACAUAUUGGUGUGUAGCUUUAACACAAAUUUUAACUAGUGAUGAAUCAAUACGACAUAAAAAUCUCGAAGAUUUUGAACGAAAAAGUUAUACAGAUUUAAAUAAAUUAGCUGCACUUGUUCGUCAAGAAUUACCACAACUUGUUCGUGAUGUUUGUCGUGCAUUAAUUACUAUUGAUGUACAUGCACGUGAUAUUGUUUCUGAAAUGGUUCAAAUUGAGAAUGCUAGUAUAACAAGUUUUGAAUGGUUAAAACAAUUACGUUAUUAUUUUGAACAAGAUUUAACUGUUAUUCGAAUGGCAAAUUCACAAUAUAUUUAUGGUUAUGAAUAUCUUGGUGCAUCUGAUCGUCUUGUUAUUACACCACUUACUGAUCGAUGUUAUUUAUGUUUAAUGGGUGCAUUACAAUUAGAUCUUGGUGGUGCACCAGCUGGUCCAGCUGGAACAGGAAAAACUGAAACAACUAAAGAUUUAGCUAAAGCUUUAGCUAAACAAUGUGUCGUUUUUAACUGUAGUGAUCAAGUUGAUUAUAAAAUGAUGGGUCGAUUUUUUAGUGGUUUAGCUCAAUCAGGUGCAUGGGCAUGUUUUGAUGAAUUUAAUCGAAUUAAUAUUGAAGUACUUAGUGUUAUUGCUCAACAAUUAAUUACUAUUCGUGAUGCAAAAGCAGCAAAAUUAUCAACAUUUAUGUUUGAAGGUCGAGAAAUUCGACUUAUACCAACUUGUGCCGUUUUUAUUACAAUGAAUCCAGGUUAUGCUGGUCGAACAGAAUUACCUGAUAAUUUAAAAGCUUUAUUUCGACCACAAUCAAUGAUGGUUCCUGAUUAUCGUCUUAUUGCUGAGGUUAUUUUAUAUUCUGAAGGUUUUGAAAAUUCAAAAGUUUUAGCACGUAAAAUGGUUCAAAUGUAUAAAUUAUGUUCUGAACAAUUAUCUCAACAAGAUCAUUAUGAUUUUGGUAUGCGUGCUGUUAAAUCAGUUUUAGUUAUGGCUGGUGUAUUAAAACGUGAAAGUCCUAAUAUUGAUGAAGAUCUUGUUUUAAUUCGUGCUUUACGUGAUUCUAAUUUACCGAAAUUUUUAACUGAUGAUGCUAUCUUAUUUAAAGCUAUUAUACAAGAUUUAUUUCCAAAUGUUCUUUUACCAGAACAUGAUUAUGGUGAAUUACGUCGUACAAUAAUCGAUGUACAAAUUCGUCGUGGUUUACAAACAGAUGAAUCUCAACUACGUAAAGUUAUACAAUUUUAUGAAACAAUGCUUAUUCGACAUGGUGUUAUGUUAGUUGGACCAACAUUAGGUGGAAAAACAACUGUAUAUCGAAUAUUAUCUGAUUCAUUAACAGAUUUACAUGCAAAUGGUGUUCAAUAUCAUUUUUAUCAACCUGUACAUACAUAUGUACUUAAUCCAAAAUCGAUUACAGCUGGUGAAUUAUAUGGUGAAUUUAAUAAAACAACAAUGGAAUGGAAAGAUGGUCUUAUGGGUAGUAGUGUUAGACAAUGUGUUCAAGAUCAAUCAAAAGAUCAUCAUUGGAUUAUUUGUGAUGGUCCGGUUGAUGCCGUUUGGAUUGAAAAUUUAAAUACAGUACUUGAUGAUAAUAAAAUGUUAUGUUUAGCUAAUAGUGAACGUAUUAAAUAUACACCUUUUAUGCAUAUGGUUUUUGAAGUACAAGAUUUAGCUUGUGCUUCACCAGCUACUGUCAGUCGUUGCGGUAUGGUAUAUAUUGAUUCAAAUGAUAUACGAUGGCAUCCAUAUGUUAAAACAUGGAGUCGAAAAUUUGAAGAAAAAUUUGGCGAAUUAUAUACAGAAUAUCUUUUAAAUUUAUACAAUACUCAUAUUGAUAAAGGUCUUACUUUCAUAAGAAAAAAUUGUAAAGAAGUUAUUAAACAGGUUGAUAUUGCUAAAGUAAUAACAUUAUGUUGUUUAAUUGAUUCCUUAUUAACAACUGAUAAUAAAAUUGAUCUUAAAUUAGAAGAAGCUAAACUAAAAAUUAUGAUUGCAACAACAUUUGUAUUUUGUUAUGUAUGGAGUAUUGGUGGUAAUAUAAUAUCAAAAGAUUGGGAUCAAUUUGAUACAUUUGUUCGACAACAAUUUGAUGAAGAUGCUGAUGCUAAAUUAGGUCAAGGUGGUGAUUUAUUUUCAUAUGAAAUUGAUGUACAUCAUCGUCGAAUGGAAACAUGGGAAAAAAGUGUACCGGCAUUUAAAUAUGAUAAAACAAAACCAUUUUUUGAUUUACUUGUACCAAAUAUUGAUUCAUGUCGUUUUGGUUAUUUACUUGAAAAAUUAGUUUCAGUUAAUAAAUCUGUUUUAUUUACUGGUGAAACAGGUGUUGGUAAAACAGUUAUUGCACGUGCACAAUUAUUAAAAUUAGCUGAUGAACAAAGUAUAGUACCAUUAUUUUUAAAUUUUUCAGCUCAAACAAGUAGUAAACGAACACAAGAAAUGAUUGUACCAAAAUUAGAAAAACGAAAAAAAAAUGCUCUAGGACCACCAAGAGGAAAACGUAUGGUUAUAUUAAUUGAUGAUCUUAAUAUGCCUAAACUUGAAACAUAUGGUGCUCAACCACCAAUUGAACUUUUACGACAAUAUCAAGAUUUUGGUGGUCUUUAUGAUCGUGAAACAUUAAAAUGGGUUGAUAUUCAUGAUGUUAUUUUAUGUGCUGCAUGUGGUCCACCAGGUGGUGGUCGUAAUCCAACAACAGCACGUCUACUUCGACAUUUUGCUAUAUUUGCUAUACCAGCACCAUCAGAAUAUAGUCUUAAACAUAUAUUUAAAUCAAUUCUUAAUGGUUAUUUAGCUGAUUUUAAUCAAAGUACAAAAACAGCUGGAGAUGGUAUUAUUGAUGCAGCUGUUGAAAUUUAUCUACGUAUGAGUGCUGAAUUAUUACCAACACCAACAAAAUCUCAUUAUGUAUUUAAUUUACGAGAUUUAUCAAAAUGUAUUCAAGGAAUUUUACAAGUUAAACCAGAAAGUAUAUCUGAUCGUGAUGGUUUAGUACGUGUAUUUUUUCAUGAAUCAAUGCGUGUAUUUCAUGAUCGUUUAAUAAAUGAUGAUGAUAAACAAUAUUUUCAUACAAUGCUUUCAGAAUUAUCUACACGUUUAUUUGCUAUACAAAUUGAACCAACAACAUUUGUUCAAAAACCAAUUAUAUUUGGUGAUUUUAUGAAAGUUGGUGCACCAAAAAAUGAACGUCUUUAUGAAGAAAUAACUGAUAUGAAUAAAAUUCGAAAUAUUUUACAAGAUUAUCAAGAAGAUUAUAAUUUAACAAAUAAUAAAAAUACACGUCUUGUUUUUUUUAUGGAUGCUAUUGAACAUAUAGCACGUAUAGCUCGUAUUAUACGACAAGAUCGUGGUAAUGCAUUAUUAGUUGGUGUUGGUGGUACAGGAAAACAAUCAUUAACACGUCUUGCUAGUCAUAUGUGUGGUUAUAAAUGUUUUCAAAUUGAAUUAUCACGUGGUUAUAAUUAUGAUAGUUUUCAUGAAGAUUUAAAAAAAUUAUAUGAACAAACUGGACCAAAUAAUCAAAAUACGGUUUUUCUAUUUACAGAUAAUCAAAUUGUUGUUGAAGAAUUUCUUGAAGAUGUUAAUAAUAUUCUUAAUUCAGGUGAAGUACCAAAUUUAUUUGAUAAACAAGAUGAAUAUGAAAAAAUGAUUAUUGGAUGUCGACCUGGUGCAAAAGAAGCUGGUGUAGCAGAAAAUGAUCGUGAUGGAAUUUAUACAUUUUUUAUAAAUCGUGUUCGAAAUAAUCUACAUUUAGUUUUAUGUAUGUCACCAGUUGGUUCAUCAUUUCGAACACGUUGCCGUAUGUUUCCAUCACUUGUUAAUUGUUGUACAAUUGAUUGGUUUUCUGAAUGGCCACGUGAAGCUUUAUUAUCUGUUGCACAUACAUCAUUUGAAAAGUAUCCAUGGCCAAAAGGUGAAGAAUUUAUGGUUAAAUCAUUAGCACAAAUGUGUGUUGAAAUACAUAUGAGUGUAUCAACAAAAGCAAGACAAUUAUUAUCUGAAUUAAGACGAUAUUAUUAUACAACACCAACAUCAUAUCUUGAAUUAAUUAAUUUAUAUUUAAUGAUGCUUAAUGAUAAGAAAAAAGAAAUUGAUAAUGCACGUGCACGUGUUGAACGUGGUUUAAAAAAAUUAGAAGAAACAAAUGUACUUGUUGACGAGAUGCAAUUAGAAUUAGUUGCAUUAGAACCACAAUUAAAAAAGAAAUCUGAUGAAACAGCUAAACUUAUGGAAACAUUAGCUAUUGAUCAAGAAAAAGCUGAUGAGGUACGUCGUGUUGUCAUGGAAGAUGAAGCUGUUGCACGUGUGAAAGCUGAAGAAACUCAAGCAAUGAAAGAUGAUGCUCAACGUGAUCUUAAUCAAGCAUUACCAGCUGUUGAAAAAGCUAAUGAAGCAAUUGGACGUUUAAAAAAAGAAUCUAUUGGUGAAGUUCGAACAUUUACUAAACCACCUCAUAUGGUUGAAGUUGUUAUGCAAGCUGUUUGUAUUAUGUUUGAAAAGAAAAAAGAUUGGCCAUCAGCUAAACUUUUACUUGGUGAGGCUGAUCUUAUAAAUCAAAUUCGUAAUUAUCCAAAAGAUAAUAUUCCUGAAUCAGUUUUACGUGAUUUAAAACCAUAUAUACAAAUGUCAAAUUUUAAUUAUAAAGAUAUAUUACAAAGUUCAGUUGCAUGUGCAAGUCUUGCUGAAUGGGUUAUAGCUAUGGAUAUGUAUGCAAAAAUUUCUAAAGAAGUUGAACCUAAACGUAAACGUGUUGCUGCAGCUGAAGCUGAUUUACGUGCUGUUACUGACCAAUUAAAAAAGAAACAACAACAAUUACAACAAGUUGAAGCUAAAAUAAAAGAACUUCAAGAAUCAUAUGAUCAUCAAGUUGCUGAAAAGAAAAAACUUGAAAUAUCAAUUAUGCAAACACAAUCACGUUUAAAACGUGCAUCAAAAUUAACAACAGCAUUAGCUGAUGAACAAAUACGUUGGAAAGAAAAUAUUAAUGAAUUUAAUGAACAAAUGAAAACUGUUACUGGUAAUGUAUUUGUAUCAUCAGCAUGUGUUGCUUAUUAUGGAGCUUUUCCAGCAUUAUAUCGACAAGAACUUGUCGAACUUUGGGUUACUGGAUGUAAAGAACAUAAAAUACCUGUAUCAGAUAAUCCAUCAAUUAUAAAUGUACUUGCUGAUGCUUUUUCAAUUCGACAAUGGGUUACACAAGGUUUACCACGUGAUGAUUUUAGUACAGAAAAUGCUAUACUGGUUACAAAAGGUCGCCGAUGGCCUUUAAUUAUUGAUCCACAAGAACAAGCAAAUCGUUGGAUUAAAAAUAAAGAAAAAGAUAAUGCAUUAAAAGUUAUUAAAAUGACUGAUGGACACUUUUUACGUAUAUUAGAAAAUUGUGUUCGUAUUGGUAUGCCUUUAUUAUUAGAAGAUGUUGGUGAAACACUUGAUCCAGCAUUAGAACCUAUUUUACUUAAACAAACAUUUAUGUCGGGUGGUCGAUUAUUAAUUCGUCUUGGUGAUUCGGAUAUUGAAUAUGAUAGUAAUUUUAAAUUUUAUAUGACUACUAAAUUAGGCAAUCCACAUUAUUUACCAGAAAUUUGUAUUAAAGUAACAAUUAUAAAUUUUAGUGUUACAAAACAAGGUUUAGAAGAUCAAAUUUUAAGUGAUGUUGUUCGACUUGAACGACCUGAUCUUGAUGAAGAAAUGAAUCGUCUUAUUGUAACAAUGAAUAAUGAUCGAAAUCAAUUGAAAGCAAUUGAAGAUAAAAUUCUUAAAAUGUUAUUUGAAAGUGAAGGAAAUAUUCUUGAUAAUGAAGAAUUAGUUAAUUCACUUAAUGAUUCAAAAGUAACAUCAUCAGCUAUAAAACGACGUCUUGAAGAAACAUUAAAAACUGAAGCAAAUAUUUCAGCUGCACGUGAAAAAUAUCGUCGAGCAGCUAAACGUGGUUCAUUAUUAUAUUUUGUUGUAGCUGAUUUAGGUUUAAUUGAUCCAAUGUAUCAAUUUUCUCUACGUUAUUUUACACAAUUAUUUAAUACAACCAUUGAAAAUAGUACAAAAAGUGAUGAUCUUAAUGAACGUUUACAAAUUAUUCUUGAUGCAACAACGGAAAAUAUUUAUACAAAUGUAUCUCGUGGUCUAUUUGAAAAAGAUAAACUUGUAUUUAGUUUUCUUCUUUGUGCUGAAAUAUUAAAAUUAGAAGGAAUUAUAAAUGAGAUUGAAUGGAACUUUUUACUUCGUGGUGGUUUAAUAACUGAAGAAAAACGACCACCAAAACCAAGUCAUGAUUGGUUAAUAACUGAACAUUGGAAUCAAGCAUUAUUAUUAGUUGAAGUAUGUGAUGGAUUUAAAAAUUUACCACGUGAUAUUGAACAAUAUCAACAACCAAUUUAUGUACAAAUUAAUCCAGAAUUACGUAUUGCUAUAAAUAGUCAGGAUAUGACAACAAAUGUUCCAAGUGAAUAUGAUACAAAAUUAUCAGAUUUUCAAAAAUUAGUAUUUGUUAAAGCAUUUGCACCUUAUUUACUUGUACAAUGUAUAACAUAUUUUGUUGCACAACAAUUAGGAAAAAAAUUUGUUGAAAGUCCAUCUGUUGAAUUACCUAUUCUUUAUCAAGAUAUGUCAAAUCGUACGGCAUUAGUAUUUAUUUUAAGUACAGGUUCUGAUCCAAUGUCAAGUUUUACAAGAUUUGCUACUGAAAUGAAUAUGUCGAAUAGUUACAAAGCAAUUUCUCUUGGUCAAGGUCAAGGUCCUGUUGCUGAAGAUAUGAUUUCAAAAUCUGUUGUUGCUGGUGAAUGGAUAUUCUUACAAAAUUGUCAUUUAGCUGCUAGUUGGAUGAUAAAUAUGGAAGCAAUUGUUAAAAAUAUAAAUGAAGGCAUAACACCAUGUCAUAAUAAUUUUCGUUUAUUUCUAAGUUCAAUGCCAGCUAAAACAUUUCCAGUUAGUGUUUUACAAAAUAGUGUUAAAGUAACAAGUGAACCACCAAAAGGUAUACGUGCAAAUAUGAAACGUGCUUUUAUUGAUAUAACACCAACAUUUUUUGAAACACAUCGUUUGGAAAUGGAUUGGAAAAAGAUUGUAUUUGGUAUUUGUUUCUUUCAUGCAAUUUUAUUAGAAAGAAAAAAAUUUGGUCCAUUAGGCUUUAAUAUUCGUUAUGAAUUUAAUGAUAGUGAUCGUGAGUGUGCUUUAUUAAAUUUUGAUAUGUUCUGUAAAGAAGGAGCAAUCCCAUGGGAUGCAUUGAUUUAUAUUACUGGUGAAAUUACAUAUGGUGGUCGUGUAACAGAUUCUUGGGAUCAACGAUGUUUACGUACAAUUUUACGACAAUUUUUUUCACCUGAAACAUUAGCAUCUGAUUAUAAAUAUUCACCUUCAGGCAUAUAUUAUUGUCCUGAAAGCAAAUUUCUUCAACAAUAUCGUGAUUAUAUUGAAGAAUUACCAAUAAAUGAUAAUCCUGAAAUAUUUGGAAUGAAUUCAAAUGCAAAUAUUACAUUUCAAACACAAGAAUCGAAUUAUCUUGUUAAUACAAUUAUUGAUAUACAACCACGUGUAUCAUCUGGUGGUGCUGGUAAAUCAAAUGAUGAAAUUGUUUAUGAAUUAGCCGAAACAAUCUUAGCUAAAUUACCGGAAAAAUUAGAUAUUGAAAAAGCACCACGAUCAUUAUUUGAACCGGAUGCUAAAGAUCGUUUAAAUUCUUUAACAACUGUUCUUCAACAAGAAGUUGAUCGUUAUAAUCGUCUUUUAAAUAUUAUUAAAUUAUCACUUAGUAAUCAAAUGAAAGCUAUCAAAGGUUUAGUUGUUAUGGAUGAAACAUUAGAAAAAAUGUACACUGCUUUUCUCAAUAAUCAAGUACCUUCUAUUUGGACUGAUGCUGCUUAUCCAUCAUUAAAAUCAUUAGCAUCAUGGAUUAAAGAUUUAUUAUUACGUUGUGAUUUUAUAGGGCUUUGGAUUACUCAUGGUUUACCAAAAUCAUAUUGGUUACCGGGUCUUUUCUUUCCUCAAGGUUUUCUAACAGGUGUUCUACAAGUUCAUGCCCGUAAAUAUGAUUUACCUAUCGAUGAAUUAAGUUUUCAUUUUACUAUCUUAUCAUUUGAACGUGAUCAUACAACAUAUAAUGAACAAGCUAAACGUUUAGAUUAUGGAAAGAAACUUGAUGUUGAUGAACAAUUACCACAUGUUAAAGAUGGUGUUAUUCUUCAUGGAUUAUAUAUGGAAGCAUUUCGUUGGGAUAAUGAACAAAAACAAAUUGUUGAUGCUGCUCGAGGUGAAAUGAUAGCAACAUUACCAAUGUUACAUAUGGAACCAAGACAAAAUUAUGUUGUUGAUCCAACACAGUAUAUUUCACCAUUAUAUAAAACAGCAGCAAGAGCUGGUGUUUUAUCAACAACAGGUCAUUCAACAAACUUUGUCGUAACAGUAAAUCUACCAACUGAUAAACCACAAGAUUAUUGGAUAGCAAUGGGCAGUGCAUUGCUUUGCCAAGUAUCGGACUGA